AUGGCACCCAGCGAGUUAAAGAUCUUAAGCAACUACCUGCUGGUCCCUGCACAGCUGCCUGCCGUCAUAUCCCUCCAGGAGUUCACUAGCCUGUUCCCGCGGUCGCUGCAGUCGUCGCCGCACAUCCGCAGCCUGUACCGAGAUGUCCAGAGCCAGAGAAACGCGCUGGUAGAUUCUGUGGCUGCUGAAAUCGAGAGCGAGGUCAAGAAGGGCAAAGUGCAGCGCCGCACCGUGAUCAAGGAGAGACGCCUGGCACAGCUAGACGAGCAGGAUGAUGAGAUCGAGAUCGAGCGAAUGCUAUUCGGGGCUGCGUCAAACACGCAGAGCUCUAGGCAUAGCAUCAACUCAAUCCUUCCAGAGUUGGAAGGUGCCAUCGCAGAAGUCGAGAAUGAGCUCCAGCGCCUAGGAGAGGAAGAAGCCAGUCUCGUGGCUUCUGUCCGGCAGACGGUCGGGGGCAUGAGCGACCUCCGCUACGGCCGCCUUGCCAACAGUCACCUCCGCGAGCAGGUCCUCGAGGGCUUGGCCGAUCUAAAGGCGACUUGCGACGGGAAGAAUUGA